CAUAUUCUUCCACCAUAUCAUCACCUCUCACUCUCACUCCAACCCACUUCAUCGCCUUUUUUCUCCAAACCCUAAUCCCUCUUUCCUUUUUCACUCUUCGCAAAUGGAGGACACUACAUAUCUAGCCUUGCCUCCACUCAAACGUUUCCGAUUACAACAACAACAACAAACCGAUUCCUCUUGCCUUCCCGCCAAAAAGCGUAAGGAAUGCCGAGAUUCGCCUUCCCCUCCCGCCGUCACAACUCUCUGCCUUCCUGCGAAGAAGCGAAUUUGGGCGUUUCAGCCCCUGGACCUCGAUCUCAAUCUCAAUCCCCCAUCCGAUGAAGAUUCCGCACAAAUCAAACUCAACGCCGGAGAAGACGCCGACGACGGAAUCGUCUGCGCUGUUUGCGACAGCACGGACGGAGAUCCGGCGGAUCCAAUCGUGCUCUGCGACGGCUGCGAUCUGAUGGUGCACGCCACCUGCUACGGCCAUCCCUUCACCGCGGGGAUCCCCGACGGCGACUGGUACUGCGCUCAAUGCCUCCAUUCCCAAUCGGAGAAAAAUCAACCACCGCCGCCGUCCUGCUGCCUCUGCCCCGUCGGCGGCGGCGCGUUGAAGCCGACGACGGAUGGGCGCUGGGCGCAUCUGGUGUGCGCGAUCUACGUGCCGGAGGUGUUCUUCGCGGAUUCGGCGGGGAGAGAAGGAAUCAACUGCGACCGGGUGGUGAAGAGGCGGUGGGAGACCAAAUGCUACAUUUGCAAAUCGAAAAAUGGAUGCGCCAUUGAUUGCUCCGAGCCUAAAUGUGGAUUGGCAUUCCACGUCAGCUGCGGAUUGAAAGAGGAGCUUUGUAUCGAAUACAGAGAGGGAAAGGGGAAGAGCAGAGGAUCUGUUGUUGCUGCAUUUUGCUCCCCUCAUACUCAUCUCUGGAAGAAGCAAGAGCAAACAGGAAAGUUCAAGAUAGUUGCUAGAGGCGACGACAACAAGUAACAAGAAAUUGCUAUUCGGCAUUGAGUUUAGUUUAGAUUAGCUGUAGCAAAUUCCAGUUCUCAAUUCCUGCAAAAAUGUCUAUUUGCUAGGAUGUCACAAUUUUAAUGUGUAAUUUCUUUAUUUUACCAUUUUUUGAUGGAUAAAAAUGUCGUUUUCUUGAGCGCAA